AAUUGCAACUAUAUAAAUUUGUUAAUUUGCUUGCAAUUCCUAUUGCACUUUUGUACUGCAGUUGCUCUACGUGGUAGUCGUCUUAGUUUAGUGAUCAUUUUAUCUAAUAAGGUACCACAUCCCUAAAAAAUAGUAAAAUGGUCAAAAAAAUAUUAUGUAAAGCGAGUUACUGGAAUAGAAUUAUAGCAACAUGCAAAAUACAUAGUGUAUCAAGAAUUCAAAUUUUGUCAAGAAAUAUUGUUCACCAAAAGAAAGAGGAUGAUAAAUCCACCAUUAAUGAUUAUCAUGCCAACAAGUUCACAAGUGAAUUGAAAGAAUGGUGGGAACCAAAUGGGCCUGUCAAAGCCCUACAUGCUAUGAAUUUGAUAAGAAUACCAUUUAUCCGUGAUGGUCUAGUGCAAACCACAGAAUCAACAAGAACAUGCAUGCCACUGAAAAAUAAAAAGAUACUUGAUGUUGGAUGUGGUGGCGGUAUAUUAUCAGAGGGCCUAGCUAGGAUUGGUGCAGAGGUGACCGGUCUAGACGCAAACAACCAUAUGGUGGAACUAGCUCAGUGUCAUGCCAGUCAGAAUGAGAAAUUACCUAUCAAACCGACAUACUUUCAUUCUACAAUUGAGGACCACUCGAUGAAGUUCCCCGAGUAUUAUGAUGGCGUUGUUGCGUCCGAAGUCAUAGAACAUGUAAAUAAUAAGGAAUUAUUUGUCAAAUCCUGCGUCGACGCACUCAAACCCGGCGGAAAGAUAUUCUUCACGACACCAAACAGGACGAGAUUUACUCAAGUACUAGGUAUUUGGAUCGCGGAAUAUGUGUUCAAUAUUAUACCAAAGGGAACACAUGAAUACCAAAUGAUGGUCACGCCAACGGAACUUACGAUCAUGUUAGAACGAAAUAACUGUCAAGUGGAAGCCACAUACGGCAUGAUCUACAACGUAUUAACUAACAGAUUUGAAUUUAUAGCAUCACAACAACUUUUGUUUGCUUUACAAGCAGUUAAACUUACGUAACAGUAUCUGGUCUAAAAAGUCUUUAAUAUAUCAUUAAAACGUUUAAAUCAAA